AUGGCGUGUAAAUUCGCUGUGAAGUCCUUGGAUCAUCUCGUACUCACAGUGCGAUCCAUUCCCGAGACGGUAGCCUUCUACACUACCCACCUGGGAAUGCGCCACGAGGUCUUCACUUCUCCCGCCAAUCCUGCGAUCCAAAGGAACGCUCUAGUAUUCGGCAAUCAAAAGAUCAAUCUUCACCAAUCCGGUAAAGAAUUCGAGCCCAAGGCCCGGAAUGUUCAGCUAGGAAGUGCAGAUCUGUGCUUUCUGACGGAUGAGAACGUCGAAAAGGUCUUGCAGGUUUUUAAGGAUGCUAAGCUUGAGGUCUUGGAGGGUGCCAAGGUUGUAGACAGGACAGGCGCCGUGGGGAAGCUCCGAAGCGUUUAUGUUCGGGAUCCCGAUGGUAAUCUGGUCGAGCAACCGGUGCACGUCUUGCAGUAUCAUCGCCCAGGAGACGAUCUAACCGCAUACGAAAUGACUCAAGCCCCACCUCGGCCGGCAGCGAGUGAUGCCUCUUUCAUGUCUAUAGAUACGGAAGACCCGGAAGACUGGAAAGAGCUGGCUACCUCUGCUAAGGAAAGAAUAGCGAGUUACAAGCCCACCCGGCGCCAUCAUAAGGAUGAAUUACCGAUCCAAAGAGCCCUGAAUGCUUUUGUGGACCAUUUGCCGCAAGACGGCCGUGAGUCUGUGGCGAGGGACAUCCUGAAAGCGAACACUGACGACCAGUUGUAUGAAGUCUUCAUGAACCUUUACACCGGUCUUGCGGUCCCGAUGAAAGCCCGACCUGCGCAGUCGGUGGUGACACCAUCGCCGCAUACUCAGCGCAACGCACAAGAUGAGGCUGUUGCCGGAUACACUGACCGGUCGCAAAGUCAAACUCUAGACUUCAGGAGCGGGUGUCUUCGACGCGAUAGCUAUCGCUAUAUCAUCACCGACGUCGUGGACUUUGAGCACUGGGAUGAGAAUGAGGGCCCAUACAGCGCUAAAGUAGCCAAUGCUGAAGUUGCACACAUUAUCAUUUUCUCCUUCGGUUCGUGGAAAAGUAUAACGGAAGAACUGAACGCCGCAAGGCUGUGGAGGGUCCUCUAUACCUGCUUCCCUGAUAUUCGGCGCGCUAGUUUAGAAUCCGGGACUAUCAACUCUUACUCAAAUGGUAUCACACUACAAUCGGCAUGUCAUAGGGAGUUCGGAAAGUUUAAACUGGCACUCAAACCUAUCGAAAUGAGGAGAACAAAUAAAAUUAUUGAAUUAAGGAAAGCGGAUGAUGCGCAAAAUGUCCCACUUCCAAACAGAGCUUAUUUGGAUUGCCAUUGGCGGCUUGCGGGAGUGUUGAACGCCUCCGGGAUGGCAGAGGUAAUCGACAAAUCCUUUCGGGAAUGGGAGGACAUCAAAGAGACUUGCCACUCACUCAGUGAGGAUGGCAGCACUAAUGUCGAAAUUUUGCUUCGUGCUGGUCUGUGGUCGCAUCGAAUCAUUUAG